CAAUGAUGCAAGAAAAGGACAUUUCAAUUUUCAAAUUUAAAAGUUAACAGUCCAAAAUCUCAACACCGCUACUAAGAAAGAGAGAGAUUCUUUGCCUUAAAAAAAAUAAAAUAAAUGAUUUAUAUUAGUUUUUUUGGGUUAUAUUAUUACAGUAUCUUUGUCUUAUUUUCCCGAAUCCCUUCAUUUUCAAGAACCUCUGGGGAAAAACUUUUAUAGCAUUAGCAUGCAUUGAUGCUCUUGUUUUCGAGAAACACAGAGAAUUAAGUUUUGAUCGUCUUAUCUGAAUAUUAAUGCGUCAUUUCUUGAAUAAGUUGGCGAGUGAGUGAUUUUUAUUAUUAGUUUGGAUGUUUGGUUGUGGUAUGUUUAAGAAGAAACCUGAAGGAGGGGAUGAUAUUGGGACUUUCUAUCCAAUCAGACCCGAAUGCCAAGCUGAUGCUCCCAAGCCCCGCUUUAAGCCUAGGGCUGGGAAAACUCUAAGCUCAAGACGAUGGCAUGCUGCAUUCUCUGGAGAUGGUCAUUUGGACAUUGCGAAAGUGCUUAGACGAAUCCAAAGAGGGGAUAACUUUAGUGCUAAGGACACUGUUGUCAUGAUGUUAAUUCAAGCCAUUCAUUUGGGUGUUCAUCCCACAAUUAAAGGAUUAGUCUGGGAGUUCUUGUUAGGAUGCUAUGAUCCUAAUAGCACAUUUGAAGAACGGAAUCAGCUUAGGCAAAACAGGAGGGAGCAGUAUUGCAGAUGGAAAGCCGACUGUCAAAACAUGGUUCCAGUUAUUGGUAGUGGAAAGUUUAUUACAACGCCCAUCAUUACUGAUGAUGGCCAACCAAUAAUGGAUUCUUCGAGAAACAAUGAUCAUGGAGGACAUGUCUGGAUGUUGUUCGCACAGAUCGAACACUUGUCUUCUAUGAGAGUGAGUCUAACCAGGCAAAACUUUGGGAUGUUCUUGCAAUUUAUGCAUGGAUCGAUAAUGACAUUGGUUAUGUACAAGGUAAAUUCCAGUGAAUUAUAUGAUUGUACCACACAAAGUAAUUGUUACGCUGUAUAUAUUGCUUGUGCAGGAAUGAAUGAUAUUUGUUCUCCAAUGGUAAUUCUUCUUGAAAAUGAAGCAGAUGCCUUUUGGUGUUUUGAUCAUGCCAUGCAGAAACUGAGAGAAAAUUUUAGGUGCAGUGCAAGUUCAAUGGGGGUGCAAACUCAGCUGGGCACACUCUCACAAGUAAUAAAAACUGUUGAUCCAAAGCUCCAUCAACACCUUGAAGAGCUUGAUGGUGGUGAAUAUCUGUUUGCAUUUCGCAUGUUGAUGGUACUUUUUCGAAGAGAGUUCACUUUUGCAGAUGCCCUGUACCUUUGGGAGCUGAUGUGGGCAAUGGAGUACAACCCAAGCAUCUUCUCCUCAUACGAGGAGCCUAUUUCUGCUGCAGAUAAGGGAUUACCUAUUUUAAAUGACAAGCUUCUGAAGCAAUGUGGCAAAUUUGAGAAGAACAAUGUGAAGACUGGAUAUUCAGACAACAGUCCACUUGCAGUUUUCCUUGUUGCAAGUGUUCUUGAGGCCAGGAACAAGCAAAUUCUAAAGGAAGCAAGGGGUCUAGAUGAUGUUGUCCAGAUAUUGGGCGAUAUUACUGGAAGUCUGGAUGCUAAAAAGGUGUGCGAGGGGGCACUGAAAAUUCAUAAGAAGUACCUAAGCAAGGCUAAAAUGGCAUAGAAUUUAUGGAGAAUACAGAACUAUUAGCUCAAUCCUUUUGGCAUCAGGAAUACAUGCAAUUGGCCAAGGACUCACAAAUAUAGAUUGUUUUUCACAUAGUCAUCUCUCUGUCUCUUUCUCUAUUCAUUUAUUCUUUAUAUAUAGAGUAAAAGUGAUUACAAUGUAUACGCUUUUGACAUGAAAUGGUUUUGCUGCUAUG